CGCCUGAAUGUUAAUGACGCGGAACGCUAAUGUGUCCCGACACUCUACUGACUUAGAUUAGUUUAGGACCAUUUCUACGCCGUGGACGGAACCGCCUGGGACAUCGGUGGGGCUCUCUGUAGAAGUCUUGUCCUUUUUAGAGAUCUUCCACUGUGAUUUCUGGCUGGAAAUGGAAUGGACCAAUAAGAUGGCUCAAUGUGAUGAACCCCGGUCACGCUCUCCUAAUGAUGUCAACCUGGGACCAACAGCCAACCCCCACGCCAGACCUACAGACUUUGAUUUCUUAUCAGUGAUUGGGAAAGGAACAUUUGGGAAGGUGCUACUGGCCAAACUGAAAUCAGACAAUAAAUUUUAUGCAGUAAAAGUCUUGCAGAAGAAAGUCAUACUAAAGAAAAAAGAGCAAAAGAACAUCAUGGCAGAGAGGAAUGUGCUGCUCAAAAGCCUGAAGCAUCCCUUUUUGGUCGGACUGCACUAUUCCUUUCAGACCCCUGAGAAGCUCUACUUUGUACUGGACUAUGUCAACGGAGGAGAGCUGUUCUUCCACCUGCAGCGGGAGCGAUGCUUCCUGGAGCCACGUGCUCGAUUCUAUGCUGCUGAAGUGGCAAGCGCCAUUGGAUACCUCCAUUCCCUCAAUAUAAUUUACAGAGAUUUGAAGCCAGAGAAUAUCCUGUUAGACUCAGAGGGCCAUGUUGUUUUGACAGACUUUGGCCUUUGCAAAGAAGGAAUGGAGCCAGAGUUCACCACAUCCACGUUCUGUGGAACACCAGAGUACUUAGCUCCAGAGGUGCUCAGGAAACAGCCCUAUGACCGCAUGGUGGACUGGUGGUGCCUUGGUGCUGUUCUGUAUGAAAUGCUCUUUGGCUUGCCCCCAUUCUACAGUCGCGAUGUAGCUGAAAUGUAUGAUGGGAUCUUACACAAACCCUUACACCUGCCUGGUGGGAAAACCAUGGCAGCCUGUGAUGUGCUGCAGGGGCUGCUGCAGAAGGACCAACAUCACCGCCUAGGAGCUAUUGCUGACUUUCUUGAAGUGAAGUACCAUGUGUUCUUCUCUCCCAUAAACUGGGAUGACCUGUACCAUAAGAGGAUUACCCCUCCAUACAACCCAAAAGUGAAGGGACCCGCUGACAUGCAACACAUCGACCCAGAGUUCACAACAGAGACUGUGCCUGGGUCAGUGGGCCGCACCCCCGAGCCGUCCUCUUGCCUUGGAACCAGCAGUUCCAGUGCCUUCAAAGGUUUCUCUUAUGUGCCCAGUGAUGAGAACUUCCUGUGACAGUGAUGGAGAGUUCAGUGCGGCUGCAUCUGAACUCUUUGCUGCUAGAUCUUCAACUUAACGUUGUAAUCAAUCUCUGGCAUAUCUCUCUGGUAUGGAAGCUACGUGAAAAACAAAAAGAAGCUGCAGUGACUGAGAGGAUGUCACUGUAUUUCCUGUCAUCACCCUGAAGGAUCUGUAAGACUCAUGCUUUCUUUAGUGGUGGGAAUUCACAUCCAUAUUUCAUAAAUCAGCAUUCCAGUUAUUUAUAUAUCAACCUGAUUGGGAGAUUAGGGAGCAGGCAGUUUGAGAAAGGUGCCUAAACCUAUGUAAUGCUCCUGCUUAUCAAUGACAACUGCCAGACUGCGCUUGUUGGAAGACUAAUGAACAAUCCACAAUACAGACCUACUUUAAAUGGGCAAUAUACUGACAUUUUUCAUCAAUGUUAACCAACUAGAGGACUUUUUUCCAUUGUACGACUAUGAUUUACAGUUCUGUAGAUUUCCUAUAAAUUGUAUAUAAAGGUACAUUUUGUCCAUAUUGUUUAAUUAUUUUCAUUUACUAAGCAUAGUUACAGCACGGAUAUGUUAAUCUUUCUUAGAAUGAGAUUUAGGUGCUAAAUUGUUGGAUAUAUCUAUGUAUAAAUAUAUUCUAACCAAACUGUUCAUUUGAAGGUUUUAAAGAUUGAAUUUGUUGAAUUUUUUCUGUUUUCAUAUAAAGCCAAGUCCCUAAAAACUAAAAUCUGUCAUAUUUAUAUUUAAUAUAUAAAAUUAUCCAAAAACCCUGUACUGUAUAAGAGGUUGAAAGAUCCAUAAGAAAUAGCUGAUAUUUUUUCUGAUUCAAUGACUAAAGAAUAAAGUAUUAACACAGACUCUGA